AUGGUCUUUUGGGACGAGCGCUGCCACGAAAUCCAAGCCGAGAGGAACCUGAUCAAGCGCUUCCUCAAGGCCGACAAGUAUCUCGCUUGUUUAUCCAAGGAAGAUACAGCCAUCAUCGGAGCCGAAGUGACCCUGUAUACCUGCAAUAUUCUCGCGUCACUGAUUCUCGACGAGAAACGAAGAGGCGCUGGGCCAUCUGUGAUGAGUUUGUUUGCCAUGAUGUGGUCGAGGACACUCGAGAUUGGCCUUGUACAGCUAUCCCCACAGUGUCUCUCGCAGCUCGAGAGUUUCUCCAAGGCACUUCACAUACCACUUCCGACCACAGUGGCUGCGACUUCUUCAAGGAGCGGGCGCAAACUGCCUUUCCAAGAUAUUCUGGCAGCGUCGGCGACCGAGACUGAGCUUUCACUCCAACCUUUCGAAUUCCAGCUGAAACACUGCGGUCCCUACCUUGAGAGAAGUUUUGAUCCGUCUAUAGACCCUCGCGUUCCAAACUUUCGACCGGACGCAUGGCAGAGAAAGGUUUUAGAUGCCAUCGAUGCCGACAAAAGCCUCCUCGUCGUCGCGCCUACUUCGGCUGGAAAGACUUUCAUCUCGUUUUACGCAAUGAAAAAGGUCCUGCAAUCGAGCGACGACGGCAUUCUUGUGUACGUAGCACCUACCAAGGCUCUUGUCAACCAAAUCGCCGCGGAGAUCCAGGCGCGGUUCUCCAAGUCGUACACGAAUAAUGGCAGGUCGGUCUGGGCUAUCCAUACGAGGGAUUACCGCAUAAACAACCCAACCGGCUGUCAAAUCCUCGUCACCGUCCCGCACAUUCUGCAGAUCAUGCUCCUGGCGCCGUCCAACGCAGAGAGGGCCACGUCGUGGUCCCGAAGGGUGAGGAGGAUUAUCUUUGAUGAGGUGCACUGCAUCGGCCAGGCGGAUGACGGCGUGGUAUGGGAGCAGUUGCUGUUGCUUGCUCCGUGCCCCAUCAUUGCGUUGUCGGCAACUGUCGGCAACCCGUUGGAGUUCAAGGCUUGGCUGGAGGCAUCCGAAAAAGUCAAAGGCGUCGAGUUGGAGAUGAUUGUGCACUCCUUGCGCUAUUCGGACCUACGCAAGUUUACUUACAGUCCGCCUAACGAGAACUACAUCUUUAGGGGGCUUAUGGCCGCCGAGGGACUCCAGAUUCCGGGACUGGACGAAGGAGAUGGGGGGACCGUCGCCCUUCUCAUUUAUCCACCCCGUCGUGGGCCUUGUCAAUCGCAACCGCGGAACUCUUGA